GGGUUUCACUCUGGUACCUAGCCUGGAGUGCAAUGGCGCAAUCUCAGCUGACUGCGACCUCCGCCUCCAGGGUUCAAGCGAUUCUCCUGCUUCAGCCUCCCUGGUGGCUGGGAUUACAGACACGUGCCACCACGCCCGGCUAAUUUUUCUAUUUUUAGUAGAAAUAGGGUUUCACCAUGUUAGCCAGGCUGGUCUCGAACUCCUGACCUCAGGUGAUCCUCCUGCCUUGGCCUCCCAAAGUGCUGGGAUUACAGGCGUGAGCCACCGUGCCCAAUGGAUAAAGUCAGUUUCUGAGAGGAAGAAACAUAUUUUCAAGGUCUUUUCUUGAAUGCUCUUCUGGCCAUAGCAGAAAUCUGACCUUUUGCUGGACAAUCUCUCUGUCUCAGCCUUUUCACGGACCCCACCCUCUCUAAUUCUCCAUCUCUCAGGGCAGGAGGGAGCAAUGACGUUUUCCUCACUUCCAGCUGCUGCAUCCUCCAGGCCAUAGUCCAUUAUCUCACCCCAGUUCAACAGCUUUUCCUCAAAUGACCCCAAGCUGUCCGGUCACAUCACUAAUCACUCAAACCCCCCACCCAUUUAAUUUGGUGUUUUCAGCUACUCAUUUAUAAUUUUCCCUCCUAUUCUCUCUAGUGUCAUCACUACCUCUGAAAAGUUGCUGUUCUUUUCAAAACUCCAAUUUGCUCUUAUUUACCACUCUCUGCUCUAAUAGUUGUGCAAGAGUUGUGCAUUACAAACUUGGUUGUACAACAUUAGGUUAACGAUGUUGGGAGCUUUAAAAAAAAUCCCAAAGUCCAGGCCCAACCCCAGACCAAUUUAAGUCACAUUCUUUUGGGGUAGGAGUGGUGGAGAUUUUUUUUCUGUUUUGUUGUUAUUUUUAAGUAUCCCAGGUGAUCCCGAUGUUCAGCCAAGGUUGAGAACUCAUCCAUACUAGCGCCAACUCCUUGGACUCCAUCCUAUUCUUCCAGGCUAGCAGUUUAUCCUGGCUUCAUUGCCUUCUCCCCCAGCUUGGGCCCCAGGGUCAUUCAUUUUAACAAGGUUGUUGCCCAACCGCUCAUCUCCCACCCAGAGGGGAUAUGUAAGUUGCUAAAGAAAGACACUUCACUAUCCUGAUUCAGGCUUUCUAACUCCACUGGAGCCCUGUGCUAGUCAGCGUUUAUACAAGCUGCCUGGAUAGAUCUAUUUCUCAUAGUGGCUGUUCCAACCUGUUUCCACUCUCCUCAGAUCCCUAACCCAUGCCCUCCCCUCCCUCCUAUCACUGAGCACAGUGCUUAAGUCUCUGGAAGAAACUCUUCCUACAUGUGUGCACAUCUAAGUGAUCAUAUGGCGUGCUUCUGCUUUACUAAGUUUACUAAGUUUUACAACUCUUCUGCAAUUUUAAAAUUAUUUGAGAAUAAGAUUAAAAAACAAAAAACCAAAAAACUCCCUGGAUCCCUCCAGCUAGGACCUUUGUUCUCUAUUUUCCUUUGGAGAAAAAUAUGUCCCCACACAUGGUUACUACUUCCUCACUUUCCAUUUGCCUUGCCAAAACUGCUCUGGAUAUUGUCAUCAGUGGCACCCAAGUUGACAAAUUCAUUGGAUCUUUCUCGACCUCAUGUUAUAUGACAUCUUAGGGUAUCUGAUACAGCUGACCAUUCCCUUCUUCUGGAAAUACUUUGGCUUCCAAGAUACAAAACUCUCCAGGUUUUCCUCUUCUACGUCUAGCUCCACCUUCUUAUUCCAACUUUUCUUUUUUUUUUUUUUUUUUUUGAGACAGAGUCUGACUGUGUCACCCAGGCUGGAGUGCAGUGAUGGGAUCUCAGCUCACUGAAACCUCUGCCUCCUGGGUUCCAGUGAUUUUCCUGCCUCAGCCUCCCGAGUAGCUUGGAUUAUAGGAAUGCACCACCAUGCCCGGCUAAUUUUUGUAUUUUUAGUAGACAUAGGGUUUCACCUUGUUGACCAGGCUGGUCUUGAAUUCAAGCGAUCUGCCCAUCUCGGCGUCCCAAAGUGCUGAGAUUACAGGCGUGAACCACCAUACCCAGGCUUCUCCCUAGGUAAUCUUAUUCAUAUCUCUGGCCUGAAAUGUCAUCUAUGUGCCAGUGAUUCCUAAGCUUACAUCCCUAUGCUAGACCUCUCUUCAGAGCUCUAGACUCAUAUAUCCACAUAGCUACUUAAUUUUGGCCCUGGAUGUCUCAAAAUUAAAUUCUUGAUGUUCUCUCUCAUAUGUGCUCUUCCUUUAAUUUGCCCCUUUCAUUAUGAAAUGGUACUGCCAUCCUCUUCCAUCCACUAGCUGCUCAUGCUAGAAACGCUGAUGUCAUUUCAGAUAUUUCCAUUUUUCUCACUAACCAAAUCUAAUCCUUCAAGUUCAAAAUAUAAACAUAGAAAUGUUCCAUUUCUCUCCAUCUCUACUGCACCCACUCUCAUCUUUUGCCCAGAUUACAGUGAUAGUCUCCUAACUGGUCUCCUUGUAUCCCAUUUUGCCUUCUCUAGUGCAGUCUCCAAACACUAACUUCAGUGACCUUCUGAAAAUACUACCACGAUUAUAUCAUUCCUGUGUUUAAAUUCCUUCUAUUGCUUCCCACUUCACACAGGAUAAAGUCCAAAAAUAUUAAUAACAGCAACCACAUACUUCAUGACUGGGCCUCUGUCUACCUCUCUAACCUCAUCCCUUGCUUACUGCAUUAAGGCUCCAUUGACUUUCUCAGUCUCUCAACAGAAUAGGAUCUUUGCCUGCCUCAGGACAUCUUCCAAAAAUUUUGAUCCCUCCAUAUUCCACAUAUGAAAUAGUAUAAGGCUAGAUUAUGCUUUGGUAGCAAAUAAUCCCAUCUAACUAGCUUAUGUCUAAAACGGUGUAUGUAUUGCUCACAUCACAGUCUGAUAUAGGUCAGGUGGCUCCUUAAAGAAUUAAGUGGAAACUCAGGGGUUCAGAGUCCUCCCAGUCUGUGGCAAACCCAUAUUAAAAAUGUGGCCUUUGUUACAUCAGUUGAAAGAGAAGAGAAUGUGAGUGAUUAUGCAAGGAGUUUUCUGGUCAGGCCUGAAAAUGUUAUAUAUCAUACCAAUAAGAUCUGCCCAUACUCCACUGGCCAGAUCAUAGUCAUAUGACCCUAACCGAACUGCAAAGGAGGUGAGAAAAAAAAAAAAAAGUCUUCUUGUGUGUCCAGGAAGAGGAAAUGAGAUUGGUGAACAUCAGGCUACUUUUUGCCACAUCCUGGUUAAAACCUACUCAUUUUUAAAGUCUCAGCUUAAAUAAUACUUACUUACAAAGGUCUUCCAGCUCCUCCAACUUAAAUUAGGUAUCCCUGAUACAUUCUAUUGUAGCACCCUGUAAUUUUCCUUUAUAGCAUGAUCACAAUGGAAAGUUUAUAUUUCUUUAUGUGAUUAAUAUUUAUAUCUGUUGCUAGACUGUAGGCUCUAUAGGAGCAAGGACUGCAUCUGUUUUGCUCCCACUGUGUCUCUAGCACCUAUUACAGUACUUGGUAUAUAACUGGUAUAAAAGUUUUCGAGUGAACAAAUGAAGACUUGCACACAGUCAUUGCCUGGCUCCAAAUAGCACAUGACUUUUGCAGGAGAAAGACAAGUAAGUAGGCAGUCAUGGUUUAGUGUGAUGAUAAAUGUUCCAGGCAGGUAAGCCCAGGGAGCUGUGAAAGCAACCUGAAGGAACUUGCAAGGCUUCUGUGUUUUGUCUUUCACAGCAAUCAAAUCCAGUAGUCUGCAAACUAUGGCCUGUAGGCCAAAUCUGGCUCAUUGCCUGUUUUUUAACGGCCCUCGAGCUAAGAAUUGUUUUAUAUAUAUAUGUAUUUUUUAGACAGAGUCUCGCUCUGUUGCCCAGGCUGAAGUGCAAUGGUGUGAUCUCGGCUCACUGCAACCUCCGCCUGCCAGAUUCAAGCAAUUCUCCUGCCUCAGCUUCCUGAGUAGCUGGGAUUACAGGCGCCCACCACCAUGCCUGGCUAAUUUUUUGUAUUUUUAGUAGAUUCAGGGUUUUGCCAUGUUGGCCAGGCUGGUCUUGAACUCCUGACCUCAGGUGAUCCAUCUGUCUCAGCCUCCCACAGUGCUGGACUUACAGGUGCGAACCACCACGCCCGGCCUGUUUUUAUAUUUUUAAGUGAUUCAAAAAUAAUUAAAAGAACAAUAUAUUAUGAUACAUGAAAACUAUGUGAAAUUCAAAUUUCAAUGUCCAUAAAAAAUAUUCUAUUGGAACAUAGCUACGUCUUUUAUUUAUUGUCUAUGACUGCUUUUGCGCUACAAUGGCAGAGCUGAGUAGUUGUGAAAAAGGUCAUACAGCUUGCAAAUCCUAAAAUAUUUACUAUCUGGCCCUUAAUAGAAAAAAGUGUGCUGACUACUGAUCCAAUCCAUGCUUAGUUUAAAAGAUCACAUCUAUCUGAAUUACGUCCAACUGUACAUCUUUAAGUUUCUGUUUUUUCCCAUUCUCGUGUCUGCUACUAGAAAUCAGCUUCCCUUUAGUUCUAUCCUUGCAGCAGGAUUCCUGCCCUGCUAUCUCUCUCCUCUUUUCAGUUCAUCACUGUGUACUAAAAAAAAUCUGCACGCUUCAGCACAGCAUCCCUAGUUCCCCAUUAUCUUACCACACCUCACCUUGUCAGCUGUAUCUCUUACAUCAUACUUUCAUCUAACCUUAUCAAUCACUUAACCCACCCUUGCCUUCUCUGCUGUAGGCCAAUGCUCACAGUUACUGUCUCUGUGUGAAAUAUCUAUUGCUGGUAUUUCUCUCUUAUCCAUCCUUUACGUUGGUUAUCUCAAAUGCCUCCUUGCCCAAAAGCUUAUCCCAGUUCCUCGUCUGGGAAUAAUUACUGCCAUCCGUGCGAGAUUCUCUAACGCUUUGUACGACUGCUUUAUUUCAAAUUCUGCUUUAUAGUUCUUUUGUGUAUACACACAGAUUGUUUCUCACGUUCUAUUGAAAGCUGCUUAGGGGAGGAAUUGUACUCUAUUUUGUUAAUCUCUGCAUCCUUUCGGCGCCUAGUAAGAGUCUUGUACGAAACAGAAAUGUCUCUCCUUCGCAAAAUUCCUCAUCGGGAGCUGGGACUGUGAAUUUUUGUAACGUUUAAGAACUAUCUGUUAUUUAAGAACAAACACUCUGCUUAACUUGUUUAGGGUUCACUAGAGCGAGUAAGACCUUUUUAGGGCACGCCGUCUCGCAGGUUAUCACACACCUAUCGAUCGCUGCCGGGACCCUCAGGUUUGUCUGCAAACACGUGGGUGAUAAGCAGUACCCUCCAGGCCCCUCCUCUGUCCACGGUGAUUGGCGGACCAAACGUUCCAAUCAUCCCUCCCCGCCUCUUUCCGCAGUAGCCAAUCAGAGACCCCGAGCGCCUCCUGACUACUAGACACUGUUUACUAACAGAUCGAAGCUGGGGAAUAAGGGGUGUGACCGUUCUGGGGAGGUCAGGGAAGGGAAGGUCUUGACUGCGAGUGCGCACCAGAGGAAACGGGCGGGGCAGAGCUUUGGGUCUCACCAAUCGGAGUGGCGGCGCUCCUCCCUCUCCUGCCUCCCCGCCAAGCAACAACAGUUCGAGGAGCGGGGCGGGGAGGCUCGUGAAACGUCACAGCGUACUGCCCAACGGGAACCGGCGCUGGCAGACGCGCGCGCCCUGUGUCCAAUCAGCGAAGGCGGCUCGAAUGGCUCCCUUACCUUGCUGGCUGUGGGCGGAGCGGCCUGAGGAGGCGGCGGUGGAGCAGGGGGCGGUUUGGUUGCGCGGUACUAGCGGUGCCCGCCGAAGGGGGAGGAGGCGAGGAGCGAGCCGUGCGGCCAGAGCGGGAAAGAGACUCGUCUUUGCGUCCGAGUUCUGGAGCCGCCGCACCCCGGCUCCUGGGGCCGCGGCAGCGGCUGCGAGGGGACGGGCGUUCGCUGUCUCCUGGGUUCCCCUCGUAGCGACCCGCGGGAUCGGAAAAAAGGAGAAGAUGGAGGAGGAGGGUGGCAGCAGCGGUGGCGCCGCGGGGACCAGCGCGGACGGCGGCGACGGAGGAGAGCAGCUCCUCACUGUCAAGCACGAGCUGCGGACUGCUAAUUUGACAGGACAUGCUGAGAAGGUGGGAAUAGAAAAUUUUGAGCUCCUGAAGGUCCUAGGAACUGGAGCUUAUGGAAAAGUAUUUCUAGUUCGUAAAAUAAGUGGCCAUGAUACUGGAAAGCUGUAUGCCAUGAAAGUUUUGAAAAAGGCAACAAUAGUUCAAAAGGCCAAAACCACAGAGCAUACAAGGACAGAACGACAAGUCCUGGAGCACAUUAGGCAGUCGCCAUUUUUGGUGACAUUACAUUAUGCUUUCCAGACAGAAACCAAACUUCAUCUCAUUUUAGAUUAUAUAAACGGUGGUGAACUUUUUACUCAUCUUUCUCAAAGAGAGCGUUUCACAGAGCACGAGGUGCAGAUUUAUGUUGGAGAGAUUGUGCUUGCCCUUGAACAUCUCCACAAGUUGGGGAUUAUAUAUCGUGAUAUUAAGCUUGAGAAUAUUCUACUUGAUUCUAAUGGCCAUGUGAUGCUGACAGAUUUUGGUCUGAGUAAGGAGUUUGUGGCUGAUGAAACUGAAAGAGCAUAUUCCUUUUGUGGAACUAUUGAAUACAUGGCACCAGAUAUUGUCAGAGGGGGAGAUUCAGGACAUGACAAGGCAGUUGACUGGUGGAGUUUAGGUGUUCUAAUGUAUGAAUUACUAACUGGAGCAUCUCCUUUCACUGUUGAUGGAGAAAAAAAUUCCCAAGCUGAGAUAUCUAGGAGAAUAUUAAAAAGUGAGCCUCCAUAUCCCCAAGAAAUGAGUGCUUUAGCUAAAGACCUAAUUCAGCAUCUUUUGAUGAAAGAUCCCAAGAAGAGAUUGGGAUGUGGUCCACGUGAUGCAGAUGAAAUCAAAGAACAUCUCUUCUUUCAGAAAAUAAAUUGGGAUGAUUUAGCCGCCAAAAAAGUGCCUGCACCAUUUAAGCCAGUCAUUCGAGAUGAAUUAGAUGUGAGUAACUUUGCAGAAGAGUUCACAGAAAUGGAUCCCACUUAUUCUCCCGCAGCCCUGCCCCAGAGCUCUGAGAAGCUGUUUCAGGGCUAUUCCUUUGUUGCUCCUUCCAUCCUGUUCAAGCGUAAUGCAGCUGUCAUAGACCCUCUUCAGUUUCACAUGGAAGUUGAACGUCCUGGAGUGACAAAUGUUGCCAGGAGUGCAAUGAUGAAGGACUCUCCGUUCUAUCAACACUAUGACCUAGAUCUGAAGGACAAACCCCUGGGAGAAGGUAGUUUUUCCAUUUGUCGAAAGUGCGUGCAUAAAAAAAGUAACCAAGCUUUUGCAGUCAAAAUAAUCAGCAAAAGGAUGGAAGCCAAUACUCAGAAGGAAAUAACAGCUCUAAAACUCUGUGAAGGACACCCCAAUAUUGUGAAGUUGCAUGAAGUUUUUCAUGAUCAGCUUCACACAUUUCUAGUGAUGGAACUUCUGAAUGGAGGAGAACUGUUUGAACGCAUUAAGAAAAAGAAGCACUUCAGUGAGACGGAAGCCAGCUACAUCAUGAGGAAGCUUGUUUCAGCUGUAAGCCACAUGCAUGAUGUUGGAGUGGUGCACAGGGAUCUGAAACCUGAGAAUUUAUUAUUCACCGAUGAAAAUGACAAUUUGGAAAUUAAAAUAAUUGAUUUUGGAUUUGCACGGCUAAAGCCACCGGAUAAUCAGCCCCUGAAGACUCCAUGCUUCACCCUUCAUUAUGCGGCCCCAGAGCUCUUGAAUCAGAAUGGCUACGAUGAGUCCUGUGACCUGUGGAGCUUGGGCGUCAUUUUGUACACAAUGUUGUCAGGACAGGUUCCCUUCCAAUCUCAUGACCGAAGUUUGACGUGUACCAGCGCAGUGGAAAUCAUGAAGAAAAUUAAAAAGGGAGAUUUCUCCUUUGAAGGAGAAGCCUGGAAGAAUGUAUCCCAAGAGGCUAAAGAUUUGAUCCAAGGACUUCUCACAGUAGAUCCAAACAAAAGGCUUAAAAUGUCUGGCUUGAGGUACAAUGAAUGGCUUCAAGAUGGCAGUCAGCUGUCCUCCAAUCCUCUGAUGACUCCGGAUAUUCUAGGAUCUUCCGGAGCUGCCGUGCAUACCUGUGUGAAAGCAACCUUCCACGCCUUUAACAAAUACAAGAGAGAGGGGUUUUGCCUUCAGAAUGUCGAUAAGGCCCCUUUGGCUAAGAGAAGAAAAAUGAAAAAGACUAGCACCAGUACCGAGACGCGCAGCAGUUCCAGUGAGAGUUCCCAUUCUUCUUCCUCUCAUUCUCACGGUAAAACUACACCCACCAAGACACUGCAGCCCAGCAAUCCUGCCGACAGCAAUAACCCGGAGACCCUCUUCCAGUUCUCGGACUCAGUAGCUUAGGCAUGGUAGGAGUGUAUCAGUGAUCCAUUGCACCUUUAUUCCCUCAGCAUAUGCCUGAGGCGAUCUUUUACGCUUUUAAAAAUGUUUCCCGUUGGUCUCAUUGGAAUCUGCCUCCUAAUGAUUUUUUUCAGGAAAACCUGUUUGGUUAUCCUCAUCCAAAAGCACUGGACAGAGAAUGUUACUGUGAAUAGAGCACAUAUUACUCUUUUUAGCAACCUAGCAUGAUGCCAACAAGACUAUUCUUGAAAGAGCAAAGAUUCCUGUAAAUUUAAUUAGGGCUAGAUUUGAGCUGCUUGUAAGUCACAGGUUUUCCAGAUGUCUGCCAACAAGAAAUGACUCAUACUGUGAUGAUACCUUUUGCUUUGCCUUGUGGACAAUGUGGGUUUUUGAAAUUUGCACCCUUCAAACUAUGAUUUAUCAGAGAAAGGGGUCUGUUUUCAAAAAAGAUUCUGUAAUGAAUUUUAUGUGUGGCAUAUACUUACUUCUUGAGAGAAGAUUUUAACUUAUUGUUUUUAUUUUAUUGUUACAUAUGAUGAUAACCUGCUAUUAUUAAACUUUUUCUAAAAAGUGAAAAAAAAAAAAGAUAUAAGAACUCAAGGUCCCAUACUCUGUAUUCGGGAUCCAUCUGAGAUGCAUGCUAAGCUAUGUGUAUGUUUUUAAUUUUGCACUGCUCUUUCCUGGCAAUUUGUUUUAAUGGUUAUUGCAGAAUAUUAAGGUACAUGUCUCUCUGUUUUAAGUAAUAUUGCACUUUAUAAAAAAGUAUGAAUAAAGCAAACUAUUUUAUAAAGUGCACUGUUUAAAGCAUUUGCACUGUAUUUUUGCCAUUUAUUUUCAUUUUCUACUUUAAAUUUGUCCUCACAUCCCUCUUCUACUUUGUAUGCAACAAGUAGAAUGGGGCAUGUUGUGUCAUGUAGUCAGCCACUUAUGCACCAAUGUGAGGAAAACCUAAAGGGAAAUUAAACUAAACACUGUGCUUCAUAUUUGUACACUGUGUUGUACUACAGUGAGGAAUUUCCUCCUGUAGUCAUAUAUUAUGUACAUAAUAUUUUAGAAUCAUACCUAUGACUGGUUUGGAAAUUUUUCUGUUGAAUUUUAAAUCCAGAAAGCAUAUUUUAUAAACUUAUGCAGAGCACUUUUAUUGCUCAAAAGUUCUGAAUUCAUACAGAAAACAAGUACUAUGUGAUGAAAACAUUUCAUUAAAAGAUUGCUGCAUUUAAAAAUACAAUUAAUUCGUUCCCUAUGCAAAAAAAAAAGAAGUGAUAGGGUUUGUAUGUUAUAUUUUCUUUUAAAGCCAUCAUGUGAAAUGUCAGGGCUGAGAAAAGUGAUUUUUUUGCUUUGUUUACAGGAAUCAUGCUUAAAGAGAUAAUGCCCAACAUGUUUAUUUUAUAGUUUUUGUUAAUGCUAACCUUUUGAGCAUUAGUUUGGAAUUUGGACAUGGUAUUUAUUUAUUCCUUUCUUGAGGUUAUAGCAGCAUUAAUUUCAACCAGUUAUGAAUACUAAAAAUAUUGCACUCUGUAAUAGUAGUAUAUUUAUUACUAAAUCAAUGUAUAUAUUAAUAGCACAGGCAAAAAAUGGCAAAUAUUAAAAUAUUUUCAAAAUAUUAUAUUAUUCUGUUCACAUUUUUAUCCACAGUGGUUAUUGGGAAUAAUAUUUUACACUUUUUGCUGGCCCAAAUGGCUACAUAAUAUUGAGUUAAUGAAAGUUUUAUACUCCCAGCUUUCAGUUAUUCCUAGUAAUUAUGGGGAAUUUUGUGUGAAUUAUUACCAAACUAUUGCUAAUUCACAAAAUGUGAUUCCAUCAGGCACAGAUCUCUAGUAAUCAAGAAAAUGACCAUAUUUAUAAUUAUAUUGGACGUAUUUGGAACAUACUUGGCUCUUCAAGCCAUUUUUUAAACUGUGCAUCCUGGUAGAAAAUACUAGUUGUAAAGUACAAACUAAAGGGACUACGUUGCUAAUAGAAAAUGAUCCAGAAAAAUGGUCAGACAGUAUACAGAUUGAUGACACGAUUGAUUUCAUUGUGAAUAUUGGAAAUUAAUGGGUUUCAUUUUCAUUUAUUUCCCUUGCCUCUUCUUCUUGAGGAGGAUUUGACAGGCAAUGAAAUGGGUAAAAAGGCAGUCAGACUAACAGGAAGAAGGAAAGAUAGGCUAGCCGUCAACUGAUGAGCCUGCCUGAAUAAUCUCAAAUGGGCUUUUGAAAAGACCUUAACAAACACUGUUGUGCUCUUGUCAAAUAUCUUUAUCUACACCCUACUUAUAAGUGCCAAAAAGACAGCAUUUGAUGCCAAGUUUGAAGCAGUUAGGUCAUAUGCAGGCUGUGUAUUAACAUACAGUGAAUUGCACUUUAAAAUUCAGAAACCUUUCAUUUGGUCACAUCAAAAAUAAACACUACAAAAUAUAUAAAAAUGUUAAGUGAUAGGACUCUUUUUGGGUAUUAAGAGUAAAAUAGAAGAAGAUCUAAGAAAUACAAAUACUUACAUUAUUUCUCUUUAUGACAUUAACUUUGGGACUAGAGCCACACCACCCCCUCCCUUCUUCACUUAUUGAUUGUAUUGCAUAUAAUUUUCAUGCCAACAUAAAUCCUGAUUCAUAUAUUUUGUAACUGUGUAUGACAAAUUAAGAGGCAAGAAUAAGAAAAGGAAGAUAAUAGAGGAAAGAUGUUAAGAAAGGCCAGUUUCUUCUAAUUACUCUGCCACAUCCUGUGUCUGAAAGAGGUUAAUUAGCACUUUGAAAUUGAUUGGCUGAGUGUGGUGGCUCGGGCCUGUAAUCCUUGUGCUUUGGGAGUACAGGACUGGAGAAUCACUUGAAACCAGGAGUUAGAGACCAACCUGGGCAACAUAGUGAGACACUGUCUCUCCAAAAAUAAAAAUAAAAAUUAGCUAAGCAUGGUGGCUCAUGCCUGUAGCCCUAGUUACUCAGGAGGCCAACAUGUGGAGGAUUGCUUCCGCCCAGGAGUUCGAGGCUGCAGUGAGCUGUGAUCACACCACUGCACUCCAGCCUGGGCAACAGAGUGAGACCCUGUCUUAAGAAAAAAAGAAAUUCAUUAAUUCUUCCAAACCUUUAUAAAGUAAAAAACCACUGAAUUACUAGAAUAGAAAGUCAGUCUCCUAAGUUAAUUUCCACAUUGUUGUCUGUCUUGGAGUCACAGGUUCAUUACCCAAGAAAACUGCCUUUUAAUUUUUUUAGAUUGCUGCUGAUUUCUUAAGUAUGUAAAUGACUAACUUUUAAAUAUAAGGUAAGUUAUUUUAAAGAAAUCUACUAACAUAGAAAUCACUUUUUUUAAAGUAAGGAAAUUCCUUUUGUAUCUCAGUUUAUGUUCUCAAAUACACUACUUUAUAAAAGUAUACAAUUUACUGGGUACUUAUUCACCUUGCCCCCAUUUCAAGCGCCUGUUAUUGUCAUAUUUAUUAAAAACAGGGUACCUCAUAAUGGUGAAAAUUUAUAAAUUAUUGGGUCUAUAUGUGCCUUAGACUGCCUGAUUACUUUGGCUGUUCUCCCAGUGACUGAUAAUAAUAGCAUGAUUUGAGUGUUCAUGUGAAAAUACAUCUAAUAUUCCUUAAGAUCUAAGUAAAUAAGUUAAAUUCUGAUAUGCCACUUAUGUCAAAGUAAUUGUUACAUAGAUGAAUUAUUACUGUAACAUCAUGAAGUAUCUUAAAAUUAUAUGACUUUUGGCCUCUCAAAUGUCUUACAUGAUAAUACCCCAAUUUCCAGCCUUUAAUUGAUUGUGUACCUCACAUAAGUGUCUGUCAUCACUUGAUACCUGUAUUUGGCACUAAAACAAAUGUAGCCGGCUCUAAUGAAAUUUGAAGUUUGGAUAGGAGACAUUGUAAAACUCAAGAAUGGGAAAAAAACAUUUUUAACAGAAGUAUGUAUGAAGGAAAUAUUUUAAGUAUAAUCUACCCAAAGAAAAUAACUGCUACAGCCAACAUAAAGGUUUUAUUCCCUGUUUUGUUAAGUAACUUCACUCCAAAUUGUGACAUUCUUUAGAGAAAAUAUUUUCCUUAAGAGUAGUUAUUUACGUGUUUUAUUGGGGGAGCAUAUUUUCAGGGGGGCAACAUCUUCCUAAGAACAUUUGAUUAGCCUCACUUCUGUCCUCAGUUUCCAUAUUGCUUACUUUUCAAGAUAUUUCUUCUGAGCCCUUUUCUUUGUAUGCCCAGCUCCCCAUUAUGUAAUUAAGUAAUUGAUUACCAUUCCAAAUGCUUCCCCUACUCAAGGCUGUUGUCCACCCUGUUUCAUGAAUUUCUGAAUUAAGUAGGUGCCUAAUGUUUUCCUACUAUUUGGCUGAAAAGGGGUAAGAAACUAAAGUGGCUUCCAAAUAUUUGUGUCUUGGCUUCUUCACCCUAGUGCAAAAUAAGAAAUGUUUAUUGGCAGUCAUUUCCUUUCCAUUACUCCUUUUAACCACAUUACAAAAAGCUAGGAUUUUGUGUCUAGAAGGAGACUUGUAUUAAAAGACAAGAUUCUUAGUAGUUAUUCAUCAGGCUUAAGUUUCCUGGUGUAUUUCUUGUGGGACAGGUAAAAGGACAUUUUGUAGUAUUAUUCUAACUAUUAAUAUAAUGCUGCUUGGGUUAUCAGAAAGUAUUGAAUACUUCAGAUAAGUCAAGUUAGUAUUUAGUAUAGCAGCUGUUCUUCAGAGCACAGGAAACUGGGAUAGUAUGUGGCAUUAUGCUGUUUCCAUUAUUGUUUCUCAUUGCAUAACAUUUUUAAUUUGUAUGGUGGUAUACAAUUUGCCCCUUUACUAAAAAAAAAUCUAGUUUCAUUCUUGUUCCUUGCCACAUUAAGCAGUUUUUUCAUUUACGUUUUAAAUUUUCUUAAUAUUAGAAGAAAAAUAAAACAGAAGAAAAGAGAAAUGUCUUGACUUAGAAAAGGAAAUUUAAGUUGUAUGGAAUACUGUAGCAUUAUUUUCUGGCAUUUCUGCUUGUAGAUAGAUUAGAAAAUGCUUGUCUCUUUUGUUUGCUUUGUUUUAAAAUCCAGUAAGGUUGAAGAGCUUGACAUUUUAAAACUGCAAUUUUAUUUUUAACUACAUAAGAGGCUGGUCAUGUGAAAUGUGCACUGCUAUGUUGGAAUGGAUAUGUAUGUGACAAUUAACCUCAUUAAAGCUCUGUUGCUGUGGUAGGCA